AUGCCGCCCAAAUCAAUCCUGAAGAAGACCACGACGGUUUCCACAAACGCGCCAGGAAGGACCAAGCCGCUCAACCCGCGCCACCUCGACGUCGCCCUCCACCAUGCCAACAUCCUCGAGGAGCGCAAGCGCGUCGAGCGCCAGGUCCUGGAGUCCAUCAUGACGCUGAUGGACUUUCCUGCGUCGCCAAAUGCAGAUGCAAAACGCCCCACAGCCACUGACGCCCAUCAGUUCCGUGAGGCCGUCGUCCCCUUCCAGCCUGCAGACUACGAUGCCCUCAUUGAAGAACGCAACAUCGCCAACAAAUGCGGCUAUGCCCUCUGCCCCCGGCCCAAGAGGAAGGCUCGCUCGACUGCCAGGAAGCAGUUCGUCGACACAGACCACGGCGUGGAGAUUGUCGACAGGAAGGUGCUCGAGGUCUGGUGCUCAGACGACUGCGCCAGGCGGGCCCUAUACGUCAAGGUGCAGCUCAGCGAGGAGCCUGCGUGGUCACGUCAAGGCGGCUAUGGAGACACCAUCGAACUCAUGGUGGAGAAUGCCGACGAGCACCAAAAGGCCCUGCCACUGCGACUAAAGGAAGGCCCAACCUCGUCUACCAACGACGACGAAGAUGACCUAGCUGCAGCAUGGGCGGCACGCGAAGAUGCCAUGACAGAUUUGGCAGUCGAGCGCGGGGAGAAGCCAGGACAGCUCAGCAAGGCGAACAACGACCUUGUCCAGGAUCAGAUCACAGAACGUUUCGCAACCAAUGUGCCGCCACAGCCCCCGUCGCUCCCUUCUCAGAGCUCCGAACAUACCAUGGCUAUCGAGGGUCACGUCCCUCGAUCUGAUAGGAAAGAUGAGGAAAAAGACGAGGACGAUGAUCCGCAAGACUGGGACAAACAUUUGCCUGGAUGA